GUUCUCGAAGGCGUCGGUGAUCAGAUUCAUGUCAAACUCUGAACAUUGCUAUUCCAAUAACAAAGAUUGAAAAAGAAUGUCUCCAUCAUCAACAUUGUUAUUGUGUUUUGGUCUUUGUUUUUUCAUCAUGGAUAGCAUCCCUGUGUCUGCAUGGCCUACACAUAAAGUUGAGAGAUCAAGAUCUUUCUCAUCAGAUCCAAUAGAAGAUGAUGAUAGAGAUGCACUAAAUGCUGCUGAUUCGUCUGACACUGUGAAGAGCUCCAAGUUGGAUGUUAUCUCAUCUGAUCCAAUUGAGGAUAAAGGUUUAGUCUCACCACUAACUGCUGGUUCAUCUGAAUCUGUAGAUAAGCCAAACGACAUGGACACAUCAGUCUCAUCAGAUCCAGAAGAGUAUGAUGAUAAUUCAGAUGAACUAAUUGCUGCUGAUUCGUCUGACACUGUGAAGAGCUCCAAGUUGGAUGUUAUCUCAUCAGAUCCAAUUGAGGAUGAAGAUUUAGUCUCACCACUAACUGCUGGUUCAUCUGAAUCUGUAGAUAAGCCAAACGACAUGGACACAUCAGUCUCAUCAGAUCCAGAAGAGUAUGAUGAUAAUUCAGAUGAACUAAUUGCUGCUGAUUCGUCUGACACUGUGAAGAGCUCCAAGUUGGAUGUUAUCUCAUCAGAUCCAAUUGAGGAUGAAGAUUUAGUCUCACCACUAACUGCUGGUUCAUCUGAAUCUGUAGAUAAGCCAAACGACAUGGACACAUCAGUCUCAUCAGAUCCAGAAGAGUAUGAUGAUAAUUCAGAUGAACUAAUUGCUGCUGAUUCGUCUGACACUGUGAAGAGCUCCAAGUUGGAUGUUAUCUCAUCAGAUCCAAUUGAGGAUGAAGAUUUAGUCUCACCACUAACUGCUGGUUCAUCUGAAUCUGUAGAUAAGCCAAACGACAUGGACACAUCAGUCUCAUCAGAUCCAGAAGAGUAUGAUGAUAAUUCAGUUUCAGUACAUUCUGCUGAUUCGUCUGACUCUGUGAAGAGCUCCAAGUUGGAUGUUAUCUCAUCCGAUCCAAUUGAGGAUGAAGAUUUUAGCUCAUCACUCACUACUGGUUCAUCUGACUUAGAAGUUGAAAAGUAUAAAAAACCUAAGAAGUCUAUCAAACAAGCUGCCAAAGAAGCCGAAAUCACUGGGAAGAUUAUCAAAACAUUAACGGUUGUUAAACUGGACAGAAAAAGCACACAACAGUGAAUAAGACAUCUGCUAAUACAGACACUGACAGAAGAAGCGGAUGUUUGAUACUAAUGCAUGUGCUUUAAAAGUUUACCCUUGUCCCAUCGUACAGAUAUAUCUUCCCAAUGUAUUUUGCGUCCAGGUACGCUGACAUUUAUUUUAUGAAUCAUUACGAAGUUAUCGUAAGUCAGCUAUAUUGUGUGUCUGAAGGGCAAAGUAGAUGGAAAACAUUCCCAUCAUAUUCUGAAUACCAAUCGAACAAGAACAGAACAUAUAAGAUAUACGGGUAUACAGAUAAAUUGACAGAUGCCAUGUCAUUCUGAUCUUUGUCUCCGCACAAUGAAUGUACAAUGUAUGAUUUACUUUUCAUUAAGAUCAUUAACUAGAUCCCAAAGUUUGGCUGUGACCAUGCAGUUGCUUCACAUCACUGUUCUAUUCUGAAAUCUGAUGCGAGCGCUUAAACUCACAAUCGACAUGUUCAAGUACUGAACAUAGAUCGCUUAUGCAAAUGUCCUUGAAAUUGUAUAGACUGGUGAGUGAGGAACAUGCUUACUUGAAUUGAAUACAAUUUUUGUCUAAUUAUUCAUGAUUCCAAACAUGUAUUUACACAGUCCUCUUGGUAGCAAUAGCUAAUCUAAACAAGCCGGUUAUUCUGAAAACGUCCAUGUGAUUAGUGUGUGGAAUGCAAAAGGGUCUUGGAGCGUUAGAUUUGCUGCUAUAGCAUUUGAAACCAGUUUGAUAUAAUUGAUAACAUCCACUGAGACACGGUAUUAAUGACCAAUUAGGAAAAACGUAUGUAAGCAGUUAUGUAAAAUAGUGAGGGGAUCAAUGAACUUGUAGUAUUCAAGGAUUUACCUCACCUGGUAUGAAUAUUGGAGUGAUAGAGACAAAGGAAAUGGUUCAUCGAUUUACUUCAUUGAACUAGCUAUAUGUGGUCUAGCGCACUGUCCUUGAGUCUUCACGUUCUGCCUCUCAACAAGACCAGGUUCACAUGAACAGGUAAGACGACCUCAUGAUGUCCAUUUUUGCUGAUUUUAUACAUA